AUGGACAUUGACAUGAGCCGCCGGAACAAGACGCCUCGUCCUCUCUCAGACAAGGAACGAUCGCGUCUCGAAGAAUACAUUGACUCUAUCCACUACUCCAACAGAUACAACGACAGCGAGUACGAAUACCGUCACGUGCAGCUGCCCAAAGCCAUGCUCAAGGCCAUCCCGGAAGACUAUCAAGAUGCUCAAAAAGGGACAUUGAAGCUGCUAUGGGAAGAGGAGUGGCGCGCGCUAGGUAUCACACAGAGCUUGGGAUGGGAACACUACGAGGUCCACGAGCCCGAACCGCACAUUCUCCUGUUCAAGCGCCCAAUCAACUACCAGCCCCCGCAGUGA